CGUUCGGGUCAGACAGCUAAUACCCAGAGCUGCCUGACUAAGGCUGACAGGGUCACGGAUGGCUCCUAGCUGCAUGGUCCACGUGGAGGAAGAGAGGAUGCUGGCAAAAGAGAAGAACAAGCUGAGGAAGCCAGUGGUCGAGAAAAUGCGCCGCGAUCGGAUUAACAGCAGCAUUGAGCAGCUGAAGGUCCUCCUCGAGAAAGAAUUCCAGAGGCAUCAGCCCAACUCCAAGCUGGAGAAAGCAGACAUCUUGGAAGUGGCUGUCAGUUACUUGAAGCAGCAGCAUCAGCAUCAAAUGCAGGCACCUGCACUGAGCCAGAAGAAUCCAGAGCUUGAUUUCAACACUGGCUACCUGCGUUGCUUGAAGGAAGCGCUGCAUUUCCUCUCCUUCUGCGAGCCCAAGAGAGAAACGCAAGCCCGGCUGAUUAAGCAUUUCUGCAAAGUCCACGUCAUCGCAGAUACGGCUCCCGCCAUGGGCUGCCUGCCACCAUCUCCUCGAGCCCCACCCAAGAAACAAGUUGCCAGCAAGAAGCCCCCAGCACCUGCCACGGUGAUCUGGAGACCGUGGGAGUGUGGGAAACUCCAAGACACUCUGGACCCAGGCAUUUGGAUGAGGCUUGGGGAUAUAAAUAGAGGCCCCCACUGCCUUUCACUUCCACACGGCGGACCUGAAGCCAAACAGUUUCCUCGCUUUCCUCGGUUAAUCAUGGCAACAGCCGGCGUUUCACUGGAAAUCCAGGCAGCCAAAGCGAAAACCAGACUGCAGAAGCCGAUGGUGGAGAAGUUGCGCCGCGACCGCAUCAACGGCAGCAUCGAGCGACUGAAACUGCUGCUGGAGAAGGAAUUCCAAAGACACCAGCCCAGCUCCAAGCUGGAAAAGGCUGACGUCCUGGAGAUGACUGUCAGCUACCUAAAAUAUAGCCAAACAUUGGCGACAUCGUCUGUAAGCAGAACCCAGGAUUACAGCAAAGGCUAUUCGUCCUGCCUGAAGGAAACUCUGCAGUUCCUGGCCAUCCACUCAACGAACUCUGAAACCCAGAGCAAGCUCUUAAGUCACUUCCAGAAGCCUUGGGAGGUGGCUUCCAAGGACACCCCUCCUCUUUCUACCCCCGCUCUGCUUCAGAAGGGGUCACCCCAAGGCGCCAUCUCAAAGCCAGCCUACAAAUUGUGGAGGCCUUGGUAGGAGAGAGCUCUUAUACUCGACAUGCGUUUAAGACAUCCAGGAGGAGUUGGCAAUUUGCCAUACAAAUCCUGCACCGCGGCUUAAUAUGUAUUGAUAGCUGACUGACAGAAGCCUUCCGUAUUCAGAAAGGCAAAGUGAUCAGAAAGAAAGAACCAUUCUGAAUGAAUGAAGCAAAGUCAUCCUUUUAUUGGGAGAAUUCCGGGCAGCUGUUCCAAGGGGAACAACAAAUCAUUAUAAUCGUGCUGUCUUCGGAUCUUGAUGCUUAUUAUUAAUUGAAAGAAAGUGUGCAGAGAUUGUGUGUGUGUGUGUGUGUGUGUGUGUGUGUUUUUGAGGUUUUGUUUGCAAAAAAAGAGUAACUUCUAAGAAGUUUUUGGGCCGUUUUCUUUUUUCAAGAGUCUCUGUGCUUUGUGUGGCUUCCUUGCAGCCACAGCAACAGACUGGCCAGAUUUUGGUAGCCGGGGUGAAUACCAAUGAAGGCUAGGAAACUGAACAACAAAUUCGCUGCUUGCUUACUUACAAUUCUCAGGGCCACAUUCCCUUUGUGGGAAGCCCUUGGAGGCCGGAGGCCGCAUUUCAGUGGGGUGGGGCCAGAAGCAGAAGUGGGCGGAGUAAUGGGUUGUGAGUGUUGCCUUUCCAUGGCAGGCUACAUUCCAGCCCUGCAAAUACCAGGUUUCGAAACACACACAUAUCCCCAUGCUUCAUCCAAGGGCUAUUACGAGUUCAUGGACAUUUUCAGUCAGACAAAAGAACUCAAGGAAGGUGUGAUGCAGGGCUUCAAUGAAGUUCUGUGACAUUUGUAGAGACUUCCAACGCACAUGUAGUCUGUGAAACAGCUGCUAUUUGGCUGUGCCCACAAAUGCAAGAGGCUAUUUUGAAAAGGGGGGGGGAGAGAAGGCCUUUGUAUGUUGCUGCUGUGAUGAAGUUCUAUAACAUUUGUAGACUGUAUAGUGUGGCAAGAGGAAAAUGUUACCCUGUGACGAUAACGUGUAGAGGAUGUUCUUCACAUUGAUUGACUCUCCAAGGCAGAGUGUUUGCGUUCGAGAUGUUGAACGAAUGCUUUUUAUAAAGGCAGAAACAUAGUUUUCUAUCCUCAUAGGAAGGAACGUAACAGCCCAGAGUGCUGAAAUAUGUAUAAUAUGAAUUGUUUAAUGAUGUCUUUUAUGAAAGGCUAAUUGUAUAAAUUGUAUUUACUUUUCUUUCAGUACCAUAAUUGUUUUUAUGGUAGGUUAAUUUUUGCUGGCUACCAUCCUUGGAGGAUGAUGUAAUGUUGUUGGGUGUGACACACCGAAUCUGUAAUCCGUUGGAAACCACUUUUGCACAGUGAAUGAGAAACAAAUAAA